GAAGGAGAAAGACCAUCUGUUGGAGCUCAGCCAGGCCAUCGAGGACCUGCAAAGCGAAGAGGAGAAGGUGAACCAGCUGACCAAAGAGAAAACCAAACUACAGAUGCAAGCUGAAGAUUUGGAGUACCAGCUGGAGCAGGAGCGGCGUCAGCGCGGAGAGCUGGAGAAGAGCCGGAGGAAGCUGGAGGGUGACACCAGAUCCAGACAGGACAGUUUUGGAGAGAUGGAGAAGAACAGGAACGGGCUGGAGGAACUCAUCAAAAGGAAGGACCUGGAGAUCAGCAAUACCAGCUCCAAGCUUGAAGCAGAAGAGGCCCUCAACAUUGGACUACAGAGAAAGAGCAGGGAGCUGCAGGCACGCAUCGAGGAGCUGGAGGAGGAGCUGGAAGCGGAGCGGGCCAUGAGAGCCAAGGUUGAGAAGCAGAGAGCAGAUCUAACCAGAGAACUAGAUGAUCUCACUGACCGACUGGAGGAAGCAGGAGGGGUCACCGCCUCGCAGAUGGAGAUGAACAAGAAGCGAGAGGCUGAGCUGCAGCGUCUAAGGCGAGACCUGGAGGAGACCUCUGUCCAGUCAGAAGCCCUGACUGCGUCCCUGAGGAAACGGCACAGCGACGCCAUGGCAGAGCUGAGCGAGCAGUGCGAGUCUCUGCAGCGGACAAGGGCCAAGCUGGAGAAGGAGAAACAGAACCUUAGGAUGGAGGUGGACGAGCUGGCCACCUCUCUGGACAACAUGCAGAAAGCCAAGGCGUCCUCAGAGAGCCAGAUGAAGAAGCUGGAGGAGCAGUUAUCAGAGGCCAACAGAAGAGCAGACGACCUGCAGAGGGCCCAGACUGAGCUCAGUGUGGCCAGGAACAGACUCACAGCCGAUAAUGCAGACGUGAGUCGACAGAUGGAGGAGGCAGAGACCAGAGCCAGCCAGCUGAGUCGCUCCAAGACUCUGCUCCAAUCCCAACUGGAAGAGCUGAAGAAACAGCUGGACGAUGAGGUCAAGUGUAAGCAGGCGGUCAGCAGCAGUCUUAGCUCAGUGCGACAGGAGUGCGAGGUGCUGAAAGAGCAGCUGGAGGAGGAGCAGGAGAGCAAGCAGGAGCUGCAGCGCCUCGUCUCCAAACUCAACAGCGAGGUGACACACUGGAGGACCAAACACGAGUCUGACACCAUCCAGCAUGCCGAUGAGCUGGAGGAAACCAAGAAGAAACUGGCAACCAGACUUCAGGAGGCUGAAGAGGCUGUGGAAGCUACUCAAGCCAAAUGUUCCUCGCUGGAGAAAACCAAACAGAGGUUGCAGGGAGAGGUGGAGGAGCUCUGCAUGGACCUGGAGAAGGCCAGCAGCUGCGGUCAGGCUCUGGAUAAGAAGCAGCGGGUCCUGGAGAAGCAGCUCGGAGACUGGAAGCAGAAGUGUGAGGAGCUGGUGGCCGAGGUGGAAGGCUGCCAGAAGGAGAGCAGGCAACACGCCAGCGAGCUCUUCAAACUCAAGACAGCCCAUGAAGAGUCACUGGAGCAGCUGGAGGCCCUACGCAGGGAGAACAAGGCCUACCAGGAGGAGGUAACUGACCUCACAGACCAGCUCUCAGAUGGAGGUAAAAGUGUCCAUGAGCUGCAGAAAGCAAAGAAGAAGAUUGAGAUGGAGAAAGAAGAGUUACAGGCCUCGCUGGAAGAGUCUGAAGCAGCUUUGGAGGCUGAGGAAACCAAGGUGCUGAGGCUUCAGCUGGAGUUGUCCCAGGCUAAAGGAGACCUGGAGCGCAGACUUCAGGAGAAGGAAGAAGAGGCAGAAGCAGCUAGAAAAACCCACCAGAGGGCGCUGGAGUCCCUGCAGGCCAGUCUGGAUGUGGAGGUGAAAGCCAAAGCUGAGGGGCUGAAGCUGAAGAAGAAACUGGAGGCGGACAUCAAUGAGCUGGAGCUGCAGGUGGACCUGCUCACCAAGAGCAACGCAGAGCUCAGCAAGAACAGCAAGAAGAUGCAGCAACAGAUUAAGGAGCUGCAGGCCCAGUUGGAGGAGGAGGUACGGAGCCAUGAGGAGUGCAGGGAGGAGCAGGCGGCCGUGGAGCGCCGCUGCGCUCUGUUGGUCAGUGAGGGGGAGGAGACUCGUGCAGCCCUGGAGAGCGCAGAGAGGGCCCGUAAGGCCCUGGAGACGGAGCUGCAGGAGGCCAACGAGAAAUACAGCGACCUCAACAACCAGUUCCAGUUGGCUCUGAGCGGGAGGAGGAAGCUCGAGGUGGAUCUCCAGACUCUGCAGCAGGAGCACGAGGAGCUGCAGGGAGAGCUGAGAGGAACCACAGACAAGUCAAAGAAGGCCAGCUGUGAGUUGGCGCGAGUGGGGGAGGAGCUGCGUCUGGAGCAGGAGCACACGCUGCACCUGGAGAGAGUGAAGAAAGGUCUGGAGGCUCAGAUCAAAGACAUGAGCAGCAGGCUGGAUGAGGCCGAGCAGAUGGCUCUCAAAGGAGGCAAGAAGAUCAUCCAGAAGUUGGAGGGAAAGGUGAAGGAGAUGGAGCUGGAGUUGGACUCUGAGCAGAAGCGGCAUGCUGAGACGGUGAAGACGCUGCGGAAGAACGAGCGUCGGCUGAAGGAGCUGCUGUUCCAGUCGGAGGAGGACCAGAAGAACCAGCAGAGGAUGCAGGAGCUGGUGGAGAGGUUGCAGAACAAGAUGAAGGCCUACAAGAGACAAGUGGAGGAGGCCGAGGAACAGGCGAACAUGAACUUGGCGAAGUACAGAAAGACCGUCCAUGAGCUGGACGACGCCGAGGAGCGAGCUGACAUCGCUGAGUCGGCGCUCACCAAGAUCAGGACCAAGAACAGAGGCAGCUUUGGAAAAGGAUACUCGUCUGGUUACAGCACUCCGUACCCCGGCCUGGUCCGGUCACCCAGCUCUGUGGGCUCAGAGGGCCGAGGAGAGAAGAUCCUCAACGACGACGAGUCGGUCAGCUCCCUCAUCCCGGCGUAUCUCAACUCUCUUAAGAAGCUCAUGGUUGAUUAGAAACCCCGCAGUGACGUCAUCACGGUCAGCAUUUCAGCUGCAACACUCCAGGUGCCACAUCACACCGACUCAAAUGUCCUUUGAAGAAGUGAAACAGAGCGGCUGAAACUGCAGUUUCUCGACACAUUCAGACCUUAAACCUUAAAUGUGCGUAACCUGUUUGUGUCGACUGUACAUACCCACUGGACUUUUCUACAGUGUACCCAUUCCUUCCUCUUUGUAACGACCGCAGUCUGUAAGAUCACAGCUUUAAGAACACAUUCCAGCUUUAAUCCAGCAAAUGUUUAAAUCUGCUUCUUCAUGUCAUAUUUCUGUAAAAACGAUGGUUCCCGGCGAGGGCCAACGCGCUACAAUGACCCAAAACAUUUCCAUAUAGAGAAACGUGCCUCAGCUUCAGAAACAAUGCCAAUCCAGAAAUGCUUAUGGAAACAAAUACAACAGUGGAAACAGCACAUUUUUUAUCUGCAGCAUGUUUCACUUGUUUCACUUGUGCUCCCCAAUUGCAUUUUUAACUGAACGUUCAGCGUUUUUCCGUUACAUGUGAUUUAAUAUGUUUUUGUGCAGAGUCCGUGUGGCAGUAGCUGACUUUUGAAUGCACGUGCCCCCUUGUUUUAUUCAGUGUCCCCUCUGUAGAUUUAGAGUUUUUUAGUGGUACGUGUACACAGCACAGGCGGAGCUCUCCUUGAAAUCUUUUCUCCUCAG